UGCAGUCCGUAAAGCUUCACGGAUCACCACAAACAGUCCAUUCUAACAGGAGAAACAAUGUAAUUCGAAAAUUUCACCCUCGACUUAUAAAUGAACUUUCACUUCUCUACUCACCUUUCGUUUUUCUUUGUCUCUUCCUUCUCAAUACCCAACCACCCCAAAACACCAUCCUCUUCAGAGGCUCAUCCCUAACUCACUCACUCCCCUUCAGUUCUCCUGAUCUCCAGACAGUCCCUCGUUUCUCAUAUGCUCUAGAUAUUAUUUGUCUAACUAAUCAGAAACUUGAAUUCGUCGUGCUUGCCACUGAUAUCACUGUUUCAGUUUGUUGUAUUCUAUCAAGGACAUUUGUGGUUGUCGAGUGCGGAGAUUACUCGAGUCUCUCCUGAGACCCUACCACAUUUCUUCUUAGCUUUCUUGUUUUCUAUCUUGCUUUCUGUCAUCAUCUCUCAUCUUGAAGGGAGUGCAUCUCGUCAUGUCGCCUGCAGAAAGUCCCGGAACCCCAGGGGUGAAAUUAUCUCCAUCAUUUACGAUGCCCAAUACUUGGUCGAGCAGCGAAACUACGGCUACUCAGAGAAAUGGCGCGGAUGUCACUGACUCCAUCGCGCUCAUAUCUCAGGAUAUGAGGCCUCUGGUCCAGAAGAUACAGGACCUUCGUCAUCUGGGGAUCGAAGACAACAAGAUCGCUCUGCCUAAGAUCUGUGUUGUCGGCGACCAGAGCACGGGAAAGAGCUCUCUCAUCGAAGGGAUGAGUGAGAUCAAAGUACCAAGAAGUGCUGGCACCUGUACUCGUUGCCCUAUGGAGAUUAAUCUCUCUGAAAGUGAACCGGACAAACUGUGGCAAUGCCGGGUCAUUCUCUCGCGGAAGUAUGCGUACACACCCUCUGGAAAGUACAUGAAUGUGCCGACCAGGUCUCUGGGUCCAUGGACGGAAAAGAUACAAGAGGAUGAAGUGUUCCAUGUUCUGAGUGACAAAUCUCUCCUUCAGAGAGCUAUCAAGCUCGCGCAACUUGCGAUCCUGAAUCCUGGACGCCCGUCUUCAGAUUUCCAACCCGAAGGAGACCUCGACGAUGGGACCGGGAGCGAGGUGAAGUUUUCUCCUAAUCUCGUACGUCUCGAUAUAUCAGCACCUGGAUUUCCGAAUCUUUCGUUCUACGAUCUCCCCGGCGUGAUCAAUCAAGCGGAAUUCGAUGAAGAGAGUUACUUGGUCACGCUUGUCGAGAAUCUCGUCAAAGAGUACAUCUCGCAGGACAACUGCAUUGUCCUCCUCACUUUACCAAUGACAGACGAUGCGAUGAAUUCGAGCGCUGCUAGAAUCGUGCGACACAUCCCAGGCGCUAAAUCUAGAACCCUAGGUGUUCUUACAAAACCUGAUCGCGUCCAGAGCGGCGAGUCGCUUGAUCAGUGGAUGGAAAUUCUAGAAGGCAAAAAGUUCGAGCUCGGACACGGCUAUUACGUCGUGAGAAACAAUCCAGAUGCCAGUGUCGAGCACUCCCAGGCCCGCGACGAAGAGGCUCUGUUCUUCAAUAAUCACCCGUGGUCUACUGUCUUGGCCCCAUAUAGUGAGCGGUUCGGAGUCAGAAGACUGCAAACAGCCUUGUCUGGUCUUCUUUUGGAGCAAAUCCAGGGAUGCUUACCGCAGGUCAUUCAGCAGAUCGAUGAGAAGGCGGAAAGAAUUGAUGCUGAACUUGAGAUGCUGCCCGACCCGCCUUCUGAAAAUCUACCAUAUGUCCUAUGCGGCAAGUUGAAUCUUCUGAAAGAACGAAUUCGUCACCAUAUCGAUGGCGGAUCCUCGAAUUAUCCUAUGCAGAAGAUCUGGGGCCAACUUGCCCAGGACUUUAAGGAAGCAAUCACAGUCACGCGCCCAGCUGCUACGCUUAUCAGCGAGAACGAGUCUUUCAAGACCCAGCCAUCAUUUGAAGAUGACUCUGAAUGUGAAAUGGUCUCUAUUCGUGCAUCAGUCAAUCCUCAAGGGAAGCGCAAGACUCCAGGGGGCUCUAGACCGGUCGAUAAUAGAGGAAAUCCGCGUGCUAAAACGACCAACUACACAACGUCGCAUUUUGAGUAUUUCAGUGGUCCUGCGAAAAACUUUACGUGGGAAGAGAUUCGUGAGAUCAAUCGUGACUCCUAUCCAACUGGUAUCCCUGGCCAGACCGAUCCGAAAGCAAUUGAGAUGAUGAACCGCAUCAGUGUACAGCACUGGGAUAAACCCAUGAAUGUGUUCCUCGUUGUCUCGCAUAAACUUGUGAGGGACACCUUGAUGGAGCAAGUGAAGCAUGUCUUUGCGCAGUAUCAGCAGACCGCGUUGCCCAAAGUGCUCGAGCGUAUCAUUCUUAUUUACUUGAAUGGUCUGAAGGAGGAACAUUUGCGUCACGCCCAGGAGAUCUAUAACAUCGAGAGACACAAGCCAUUCACGAUGGCCACUUCUGCUUUGACCCAGGCGACUAAGGAAGUUCUCGAGUACUUCGUUGCUCGCCGGCGGGAAGCCAGAGCUAGGCUGUACCUGCGUCUUUUCCACGGAAAUGCGGUUGAUGACCAGAAGCGAAACGUGGAGAUCCGGAAGUUAAUCAGCAACGAGUCUGAGAUGGGACCGGAUGAGUUUGCCCAGGAAGUCAAAAUGAUGGCCAGCGUCAGAGGAUACUACGACAUCGCCAGUUCUCGUUUUGUCGAUUCUAUUUGUCAAAGUGUGCAUACAAAGCUGUUCUUUAAGUGCCGUGAGGAACUUGUCUCGGUUAUCGAAAAUGAGCUGUCAAUCUUUGACGGUAAUGCUAUGGAACGCUGCAUGGAACUCAUGGCAGAGGAUCCAGUGCACCAACGCCGUCGUCAAUACCUGGUCAGGGAGAGAGAAAAGUUGACCAAGGCUCAAGAGUGGCUUGCUUCAGCUAAGAAGGAGGGAGGUGAUGCCGAUCUCUUCGGACGUUCUGUUUCAAUCGGGUAUGAUAGGAUCAUAAAGACCGACAGCCAUGCCUAGAUUUGCGCCUUGUACUGGAUAAUAUGGAUGCACAGUCGGUAUGGAUAACUGUUGAUUAUUGUCUCGUUGGUGAAUGAUGAUCAUGGAUGGUUGAGAAACAGCUGUUGUUGGCUUUCCUCGUGUCCGGCCAAUGUGAUGGGACCCUGUUAGGUACGCAGCUCACAUGUUCAGGCUGUAGAUUAGUUGGGAGGUCAUUUUAUUGCUUUGAAAAAGCCGGUGUCGCCGGCGCACAUGGCACAACAAUGGAAUGGAGAGUUCAUAAACCAUGAUAU